GGGCCUACGGCCCAUUUAUUAGUAAAAGAAUCGAAGGCCCAUAUUCUUCUUACAGUCGACGAUGGGAAAGUAAACCCUGAACGCCCGAAAGAGUGUUUCGUCGACGCAAUCUUGUCAUUCUUCAUCAACGACGAUGAUUUGCCAUGUGUGCGAGAGCGACACCUUUGAAGAUGGAGGAGAUGGGUUUUUUUACUGCCUACAAUGCUCUACUCAGGCGGACGGUAUUAUCCAAACAGGCGACGACGGCGGCGAAACUUAUCGCAAACAAGACACUCGCCCUAAAACACCAACAAACCCAGACUUUGUCAAAUUGAGUUACGAGGAUUAUUACAAGGAGACCAGAGAUAGAUACGUCAAAGGUUUACUGAUGAUGAUAACUUAUCAGUGUGAUGCGUUGGUUGAGAAAUUCAAUGUGACGCCAUUGAUUAUUGGUUUGGUCGGACCCAUCUGCUUACGGUUUGUGUCUCUCUCUGGCGUCUUCGAUGAUGAUUGGGCUGAUAAGGCGAUUCUUGAAUCCGAGCUCCAAUCAGGAGAAGUAAGAGAGCCAGAGGUUAAGCGUGGUAAAGCCUCCGAAGAACCUCAAAACUUAUAUGGUAAAAGAGCAGUAACGAUAUGGUUAAGUCAGCUUAAAAAGUCUCUGCCUUUAUCGUCUUCUUUGGCUCUAUCUUUCCUUGCUUGUCACAAAGCUGGAACACCAAUUCUACCCACGGAUAUAGUUAGAUGGGCACGACAAGGAAAGAUUCCGUAUCUUUCUUCUUUUCUCAAGAUUCGAGAGCAAAUGGGAGACAGAUCAGCUGCGUGUCCUGUGUCUGUAAGCGUGAUGUUCAAGCCUAGUCAGAUUGUUUCUGCUCAGAGAUUAGAAGCUCAAGCUGCUUCCAUUGCUGAUAUCAUCGGUUUGCCUUUGCCUCCUGUGAAUUUCUAUGCUAUAGCUUCAAACUAUCUAAAGCGGUUGUCGUCUAUUCCCAAGGAGAAGGAGGUUCUUGAUCUGGUCCGUCUCUUACACAACUGGUCAAUGCCUUCCGAUUUGUAUCUAUCAAAGAACGUGCUCAGGCUUCCCACUCGUGUCUAUGUCAUGUCUAUUAUUAUCGUAGCUAUUCGGAUGCUUUAUAACAUCAAUGGUUUUGGUGUAUGGGAACGGAGCUUGGGUUUGCUUGAUGCUAGUGAGGAGGAUGUCACCAAAGCAACUGAGGAGCUUUUGAAAAACCUUGAAACGAAAUAUCACGAGGUCGCUGCUGAAACCGUUGAACAUGAAAAGGAUCUUUUGUCAUAUUUAUUGCAUGGGAAAAACGAGAUCUUUACUGGCUUAGAAGAAGCAUCAGCUGAUGACACAUACAGAACUGUUGAUAAUCUGUGGAAUAGUUACCCGAAAGACCAGGAAUUUGAACGGUUUGGGAUUCCGUCCAAGAGGGGAAGAGACUGGGAAGACAAUGAUUUAUCACUUAACAAACUGUCCAUGAACGUUGACCAGUCGACGGAUAGAAACAACCCUUGUAGCAGUCGUUCAAGAAAAAGCGAAACCUGGUCAAUGGAUUGUGAUGAGCCAUCUUUUGAAGGUGUUUCAUCACCAGAUAAUCAUAAUCACGAAGAGAAAUCCAAGGAGAAAGCGAUAAGAAGACUAAUAACAGACAUGAGGGACAAUUUGUUUCAAUACAUACCGCCUCGCGUGAAGGUAAAGAGACUAGACUAUCUUCAAUAUGUGAGGAAACAUGAUGAUGGAGCAUUGAUAUACGCGACUCAUGCGGAUUACUACAUUCUUUUACGGGUUUGCGCUAUGGUCGCUGAGAUUGAUGCAAGGAAUAUGCAUAGAAUUGAUAUGAGCCAACAAUGUACACAAGAUCCUCCACACCGGUUCUUCCACUGUCGAAACCCGUUCAAGAUUCUGUUUAAGAAGAAAAACGGUGCUCGAUUAUCGCCAAAGCUUCUCUCACUGUUGAACAAUUUCGAGACUAACUUGAUGGUAUCGAUUAGAGAACUUAUACCAAAGGAUAAGAAUGAUAUCAUUAGUGUUUCUUGGAUGAUACAAGCUAUGGAGUCUCUUUGUGAGACACACAAGAGUAUCAGGACUCUCGUGGCGGAUUUAGAGCUUCAAGUAUCGGACUUGGAGGAAAAUUUGAUUUAUAUAUACUCUGACAUUAGCUUGAAGCUGCUUGAACUCUGCAACGCCUUCAUCUCAGAGAUAGAUCGUCUGAACCAUGGCAAUCUAUUACUCAAGGUUGCUUUUAGUAAGCUGGAGACAAACAACUGUUCCGAGGAAUUUUCGUUAUCGCAUCUUGACAGUUGGAAUCAGCACAUGGUUUCCAAGAACCGGAGAAUCGAAAACUGUGGCGCGGUUUUGAGUAGGCUUGUUGAAUCGAUGGAUCAUCAUCAUCUCUCCAAGAAGGCGAAGAAGAAACACUCUGCGGAAGGAAAAGUCCUCUUACGAGCUCUAUACGGUGUAAAGGUCAAGACUUUAUACAUAUUCAGCGUAUUUGCUGCAGCAUUCUCGGGUUCUUCCAAGAAUCUCUUCUAUCUAACCAUUCCAAAGGAUAUGGAGGAGCUUCCAUGGGCGCAAGCUUUCAUGGAAUUGCAGAACAUGAUUAACCCAGAGAUCAAAAACACAUUCUUAUCAGACAAAUUCACGGUUAUAAAAGAUCUCGAGGCUGUUGAAACCGGUGUGAAGAAGCUUUACUCAGAGGUACAAGAAGGGUCAGUUCCUAUUUUGUUGGUGGAGCCAUUAAAGAAGUCAGUGAUAGAACUUUCGGAAAGGUUUGAGCUUGUCUCCAAGGAAACACGUUUCUUGUCGAAGAUGGUGAUCUCUGCCCGAGACGCAUUGUUCGAGAGCCUCUGGACGAAAUACGCAAAAGAGCUGGGAGUUACAUUGCCACCGAUGGUUAAACUUAAAAGUGUUAAGACUUGGUUCUUCAUUUUAUCGAUGUCGGCGGAGACUUGUUUCGGAAGUUCAGGUGAUCAAAGCAGCAAAGGAUUGCCUACUCAUGGUGGUAGCUAUGUUCAGUAUAAUGUCUAUGGCAAUCUCUUCGAAGUUUCUAGAAAGUAUGUUCCUCCUCUUCGUCCCAUCGGUAGAGGCGCUUAUGGAAUUGUCUGUGCUGCUACAAACUCAGAGACUGGAGAAGAAGUAGCUAUCAAGAAGAUUGGUAAUGCUUUUGACAAUAUUAUCGAUGCUAAAAGAACUUUGAGAGAGAUUAAGCUUCUCAAGCAUAUGGAUCAUGAGAAUGUGAUUGCUGUCAAGGAUAUAAUAAAACCACCGCAGAGAGAGAACUUCAAUGAUGUUUACAUUGUUUAUGAGCUUAUGGACACUGAUCUCCACCAAAUUAUACGCUCUAACCAACCGUUAACUGAUGAUCAUUGUCGGUUUUUUCUGUAUCAGUUGUUGCGUGGGCUCAAAUACGUUCAUUCAGCUAAUGUAUUGCAUCGAGAUUUGAAACCCAGCAAUUUGCUCCUGAAUGCAAAUUGUGAUCUAAAGCUUGGGGAUUUCGGGCUUGCGAGGACCAAAUCCGAGACAGACUUCAUGACUGAAUAUGUUGUUACACGUUGGUAUCGAGCUCCAGAGCUGCUCCUUAAUUGCUCAGAAUACACAGCAGCAAUCGAUAUUUGGUCUGUCGGUUGUAUACUCGGUGAAACAAUGACACGAGAGCCGUUGUUUCCCGGUAAAGAUUAUGUUCAUCAGCUUAGACUCAUCACUGAGCUAAUAGGAUCGCCUGAUGACUCAAGCUUGGGAUUCUUAAGAAGUGACAAUGCAAGAAGAUACGUUAGACAGCUUCCACAGUACCCGAGACAGAACUUUGCUGCUAGAUUCCCAAACAUGUCGGCUGGUGCAGUCGAUUUGCUGGAGAAAAUGCUUGUUUUUGAUCCAAGCAGACGCAUCACAGUUGAUGAGGCGUUGUGCCACCCAUAUUUGGCGCCACUGCAUGAUAUAAACGAAGAACCGGUAUGUGUGAGGCCGUUCAAUUUCGAUUUCGAGCAACCUACUUUGACAGAAGAGAACAUUAAGGAGCUUAUAUACCGUGAAACAGUCAAGUUCAAUCCUCAAGACUCAGUGUGAGAAAGAUAAAUAUCCUAUAAAGGAAACUCAUCAAAACGCUUGCUUUGCUCUGCUUUUGUUAUCAAAUCUCUGAUAAGUUUGAUAAUGUCUGUAAUUUGAAUAACACCCUAAGAAAUUG